UCCGGCGGGGCCGGGGAGGGAUGCGGGCACCGCCGCCCGCCGGGGCGAGAGCUCCCCGCGUCCCGCACUGACGGCCGCCCCGCCGCCGGCACUCUCCUCGGGGCUCGCGGGGAGUCGGCGGCUCCGGGGCCGCGCAGCCAUGGCCAGCUCCGCGCAGCCCCCCGCGGGAGCCGGCCCCGACGGCGGCUCUCUGGCGGGGGGCGGCGAGACCUUCGGGGACCGCUCCCUCAGCCAGGGCCUGAGCGUGCUGGUGGGGCUGGGGCUCUGCGUGACCAUGCUGGGGCUGGGCUGCGCCGUGGAGCUGGGGCAGCUGGGGCAGCAGCUCCGGCGGCCCGUGGGGCUGCUGCUGGCCCUGCUGGGACAAUUCGUGGCCAUGCCACUGCUGGCCUUCCUCCUCGCCCUCAUCUUCGCUCUGGACGAGGUGGCGGCCGUGGCUGUACUGCUGUGCGGCUGCUGCCCCGGGGGCAACCUCUCCAACCUCAUGUCGGUGCUCGUCGACGGGGACAUGAAUCUGAGCAUUAUCAUGACGGCCUCCUCCACGCUGCUGGCCCUCUUCCUGAUGCCCCUCUGCCUCUGGAUCUACAGCCGCCACUGGAUCAACACGGCCGUGGUGCAGCUGCUGCCCCUGGGGGCGGUAAGCCUGACGCUGGGCAGCACCCUGCUGCCCAUCGGCCUGGGGGUGCUCAUCCGCUACCGGCACCCCCGCGCCGCCGACCUCCUGGUCAAGAUUUCCCUGUGGUCCCUCUUGGUGACUCUGGUGGUCCUGUUCAUCCUGACUGGGACCAUGCUGGGCCCAGAUCUGUUGGCACAGAUUCCUGCGUCUGUCUACGCCAUUGCAGUGCUGAUGCCUCUGGCAGGGUACGCCUUGGGAUACGGCUUAGCCACGGUCUUUAAAAUGCCCCCACACUGCAGGAGAACAGUGUCUUUGGAAACAGGGUGCCAAAACGUCCAGCUCUGCACUGCCAUCCUAAAACUCACCUUCUCCCCGGAGAUCAUAGGGAGCAUGUACAUGUUUCCCUUGCUUUAUGCGCUUUUUCAGUCAGCAGAAGCAGGACUGUUUGUGCUGGCAUACAAGAUGUACGGAAAAGACAGCUACAAGCAAGAUACACUUGGUGAAGAGGAAGACACAGACAUUUCCUACAAGAAACUGAAGGAAGAGGAGGUAGCUGAUACUUCAUAUGGCACAGUGACCACAGAGGAGCACAACUCCAUUCAGAUGGAGCCGACCCAGACGGCGCUUUAGGCAGGACAAAGAGGUAACUCCCAGAGACUGAGUGUGUGUUGUGCUUGCAGCCAGGCUGGGGCUGUGCUCGCUGCUGUGCAAGCGGAGCUGCCCAGCCUCGAUCAUUUCUCCAGCUACUCCCAUUGUACAAGGUGAUAUGUGUUUAUUACCAUGAAAGUUCUACUCCCUCAAAAGUAAAGGUAAAAAAAAAAAAAAAAGAAAAA